CCGGGGUUAGAGAUUUGAAGGAGGCGGGGGCCACGAGAAAGCACGAGUCCGCAUCCCUUACUUCCUGCCCUUUAUCCCUUUAUCCCUAGGGUUUGAAAGCAUCGGGGAUAGCUCGGGGCCCCGCCUAUGGCCACGGAGUUACAGCGUCCGGACUCCAUGCCCUGUCACAACCGGCAAGUAAACUCUACUUCGAGCCCAAGUCCCGAGCGUCUGCUAGCUGAGGACCGGGUCCUGGAUCAUGCAGAGGAAAAUAAAGCUGCUAUGGCUAAGCUGACUCUCCUCCCUGGGCACGCCCAUUCUAGCGUGCUUUCGGAGCGGGACUCUCUGGCCUGCUGCAGCACUAAUCUUCACCCUGAGAACCACAGAGACAGUAGUGACAGUGGCAACUACGAUGCACCUGUCGGCGACUCCCUGCUAGGUGACUGUGAACUCCCCCGACAGAUUGGGGCUCAGCUUAAGUUGCUGCCUAUGAAUGAUCAGAUCCGGGAGCUGCAGACUAUCAUCCGGGACAAGACAGCCAGUAGAGGGGACUUCAUGUUUUCUGCGGAUCGCUUGAUCAGACUUGUUGUAGAAGAGGGAUUGAAUCAGCUUCCAUAUAAAGAAUGUAUGGUGACCACUCCGACAGGGCACAAGUAUGAAGGAGUGAAAUUUGAGAAAGGAAAUUGUGGGGUCAGCAUAAUGAGAAGCGGUGAGGCAAUGGAACAAGGUUUGCGAGACUGCUGUCGAUCCAUACGGAUUGGGAAGAUCCUGAUUCAGAGUGAUGAGGAGACACAAAAGGCCAAAGUAUAUUAUGCCAAGUUCCCUCCAGACAUUCAUCGCAGAAAAGUCCUUCUGAUGUAUCCAAUUCUCAGUACUGGAAAUACUGUAAUUGAAGCUGUAAAGGUUCUUAUAGAACAUGGCGUUCAACCCAGUGUUAUUAUCCUACUCAGUCUCUUCUCCACCCCCCAUGGUGCCAAAUCCAUCAUUCAAGAAUUUCCAGAGAUCACAAUUUUAACUACUGAAGUUCAUCCUGUUGCACCUACUCAUUUUGGACAGAAAUACUUUGGAACAGACUAAGUUAUUAAAGGAAAAUGAAAUACCUUGCAUAAUAUUAUGGUUAUAAAUGGAUUUCAUAUCUGUUUUUACUAAUUUAAUUUGUUUGAGAAAUAAUGGAGAAAAUAUGUUACGAAUGCCUUUUAACAAUGGAAGCAGGUAUAGCAACAAGAAAUACUGGAAGUUUGUUUAUUUGAUUUGGUCAUUUCUUCAUAUGUGGUAGGUACCAAAUUCAACAAUGAAGCGUAACCAUAGUGCUUAGAAAAGAUGGAAAUUUUAAUUGUAUGCUAAUAGAAGUCACUGAAUCCUCAGUUAGUACAUGGAAACUGUAGAACUUGUGACCCCUUCUCUUGGUUUGGAAGUUGCUUGCAGCUAAAGAAAACCCAAAUGAGAGUUAGUUCUUUGGAACACUGCAGGUUUACAUUUUCCUUCCUGUGCUUUAGCGCUAGAGUGUUUUCCUGUGUCUACUCACCCUCUGUACUCUAUAUACUAUAUAUAUUCAGGUACCUUGGAGAAGAGAGAAUGAGAGUAUAUCCUGGAAUUUUAUGUUGCCAAAGUCCUCAAUUUGCAGGUCCAGGAUGUCUGCUUAACUCGUCAGCUAAAUCGUCAUGUUCCUCACGUCUCAUUUCCCCAAGUGGGGAUUGAGGGAAGGUGCUUGCCAAGCUGCAACAAGGUGAAAAAGAUGCAGGGCCUUUUCAGUAACUGAAUCUGUAACAUGAGUCUACAGAGACUGAAUCCUGGAUGCCUGAUGCUGACCCAAGAGAGGUUAGAGGGGUUUGCAGCCCCUUAGGACGAACAACAAUAUGAACUAACUAGUACCCUCAGAGCUCCCAGGGUCUCAACCACCAACGAAAGACUGCACAUGGAGGGG